AUAUCACAAGAUCUCUCUCUCUCUCUCUCUCUCUCUCUCUCUCUCUCUCUCUCUAUCUCUCUCUUCACGAACUGUUCUUCCUUCAUUCUUAUUACUCUGAAGCCAUUAGAUUUGGUUUCUGAAACGAUGUCACAUUACAGAAGACACUCGUUGGAACCUUCCAUUGACUCCAUUUCCAGUAGGUUCCGUGAUUCUCUCAACUUCCAAAGAGAUGACGAUGACGUCAUCAACAAACCGGACUUCCGAGAACUCGAUUAUCCGUUGAAGCCACGUGUCUCCUCUUCCGCCGCCGCGACUCCGGCCGCUAGCGGCAGCAGCUCAAGCUCCUCCGGCUCUGCUUCCGGCAAACCUUCCGUCACUUCUCAGCUAGCUAAACGGAGCCACUCCGGCGAGCUGACGGAGUCCGGUUCGGGUACACCCGGAUCCGGAGCCAAGAACCGGACUCCAAAACCGGGUCACAGAAGAUCCGCUUCCGCCGGAACGCCGUUGAUAUACUCCGGCUUAGCCUUCUCUCCGGUGAAAAAUCGCGGCGGAGGAAGCGGCGCGACGUCGCCGAGCCCCGGCGUUGUGCCGAGCGGGAACAUAUGUCCGUCGGGGAAGAUUCCGAAGACCGGAAUGGCCUCACGCGCCUCCGUUAAACCGGAGACUCUGUUCACGGGGAAUGGCAACUACGGCCACGGAAACAUCGUGCGCGGCGGCGGCGGGAAGGCGAAGCCGGAGACGCGUGAUCCGGAGGAGGUGAAGAAGGCGGGUAACGAUAUGUAUAGGAAAGGGAACUUCUCAGAGGCAUUGUCGCUUUACGACAAAGCGAUCUCAAUGUCGCCGGAGAAUCCAGCUUACAGAAGCAACCGCGCGGCGGCGUUGGCUGCGUCGGGGAGGUUGAAAGAAGCUGUUAAAGAGUGUCUUGAAGCUGUGAGAUUGGAUCCUUCUUACGUUAGAGCUCACCAGAGACUCGCUUCUCUCUAUCUCAGAUUGGGAGAAGCUGAGAAUGCAAGACGUCACCUUUGUUUCUCCGGGCAAUGUCCCGACAAAGCUGAGUUGCAGCGGGUCCAAACGCUUGAGAAGCAUCUCAGGUUGUGUAGUGAGGCUCGAAAGAUCAGUGACUGGAAGAAAGUGAUUACCGAAGUCGAUGCAGCUAUUGGUAGCGGAGCUGAUUCUUCUCCUCAGCUUGUAGCUUGUAAAGCUGAAGCCUUGUUGCGGCUUCAUCAGAUAAAGGAUUCAGAUUUGUGUCUAUCCACCAUUCAGAGGCUGGAUCAUCAUCAUCAUCAUCAUUCUCAUACUCAUGCUAAGAUCUUUGGUAUGUUAUGUGAUGCGUAUGUGCUCUGUGUUCAAGCUCAAGUUGAUAUGGCGUUAGGAAGAUUUGAGAAUGCUCUUGUAAAGGCAGAGAGAGCUAUGAAGAUCGAUAGCAAUAGCAAUGAAGUAGUAUCGGUCCUAAACAAUGUAACCAAUGUGGCUAAAGCUCGUACUCGUGGUAACGAGCUUUUCACCUCCGGGAGAUACUCAGAAGCGAGUGUGGCUUACGGAGAGGGACUCAAGUUCGAUGCUUUCAACUCGGUUCUGUAUUGCAAUAGAGCUGCGUGUUGGUUUAAGCUCGGUGUGUGGGACCAAUCCGUUGAUGAUUGUAACCAAGCGUUAAGGAUCCAGCCUGGUUACACUAAGGCUCUUCUACGAAGAGCUGCUUCUUAUGGAAAGCUUGGUAGAUGGGAUGAUGCGGUUAGAGACUAUGAGGUGUUGAGAAAGGAGUUUCCAGGAGAUAGUGAGGUUGCUGAGUCUUUACAGAGAGCAUUACUGAACAAAUCUGAAGAACAUAAGUACUUGGGAUACAAUAAUGAAGUUGAAGAGGUUUCGAAUUUAGAUAAGUUCAAAACCGCGACAUCACUUCCCGGAAUCUCUCUGUUUUACUUCAAAUCAUCAUCAAACCGACAAAGCGAAGCGAUAUCACCAUUCAUCAACACCUUGUGCUUGCGGUAUCCAUUAGUACAUUUCUUCAUGGUCGAUGUGGAUGAGAGCUUGGCAUUGGCUAAAGCAGAGAGCAUCAAGAAAGUGCCAACCUUUAAGAUAUAUAAAGAUGGAGAGAAAGUGAAGGAAAUGGUAUGCCCUAGUCACAAGUUACUUGAGGACAACGUUAAGCAUUUCCUCUUAUAACACUUCUUUUCCUUAAAUUGAUUCAUGAACGUAAAUUGAUUCAAAGAGCCAUUUUUUCUUAAUUGAAAUUUUCAUUAUUUUGUUUCUUAA